GUACCGCAUAUUGUGAUCUUCAGCCUUCAGAUUACACUGCCUCACCUUCUUCUUCACACCAACUUCAUAGCUUUCAAGGUUCAUUUUUUUUUUUUCUGGCCGAAACACUAAGCCAGCAAAAAUGGCUUUGGUUUCAACUCAGACACUGCCCUAUUAUUCUACUUCUACCGGUGGAAAGCUUACCUUCCCAAAACAUGUGGUUGGGAAAAUAGGUAUGCUUUUUCACCCAAAACUGCAAAAUGAAAGAAAGGCUGAAUUGAAGGUGUUUUUGGAAGUUCCUAAAGAGGGUAGUCGCCCGUUUGAGGUAACCGCAUCACUUCAAAAGGAGGGAAAUGGUGAUAGAGUGGUUCUCUUGGCGAGUGGGUGGAAGCCUAUUGUUAGGGAACUUCAACUGAAAGAAGGAGACACGGUGAGUAUUUUUCUCUUAAAUAACACGGAGUGGACUUAUUUAAUGGCAGUGACAAGGGCUCCAGAGGCCAAACGAGUUGAUGAGGAUGUAGUACCGGAAGAGGCUCCAAUAAGGAUGGAAUUUGACCUGAACCAGCCUGUCCAAGUCCAACUCGAAAUGGAAAUCAAUCUGAACCAACCGAAUCAACCGGUAUGUAUGGAGUUCGACCUCAAUGAACCGGCAUACCCCCACAUGGAGAUGGAUGAGGAUGUAGUACCGGAAGAGGCUCCAAUAAGGAUGGCAUUUGACCUGAACCAGCCUGUCCAACUCGGCAUGGAAAUCAAUCUGAACCAACUGAAUCCACCGGUAAGGAUGAAGUUCGACCUCAAUGAACCGGCACCCGCCCACAUGGAGAUGGAUGAGGAUGUAGUACCGGAAGAGGCUCCGAUGAGGAUGGAGUUUGACCUGAACCAGCCUGUCCAACUAGACAUGGAGAACAAUCUGAACCAACCGAAUCAACCGGUAAGGAUGGAGUUCGACCUCAAUGAACCGUCCCCCGCCCACAUGGAGAUCAAUCUCAACGAUGAAGAGUGAAGGAUGGGAGCAGGAGAGUGGAGUGGUAUGUUAUAUAUAUACUGAUAUACGUUAAUGGUUUAACUGUUAUUUUUAUAAAUUUUUUUGUACAAG